AGGAAAAAUUGAAGCCGCAGAUUACUUUUAAAGCGGAGCAGCAAAGUAUUGCUGUUUGUCAUUGCUUGAGGAGUCUAUUCUCUGUUUUAGCACAAGAAGGGAAGUUUUGCGGAAGACUCCUGAGACGUCACCUGUUAAUAAUAUUUUCUUCUAGGACAAAAAGUGAUGAGAUCUUUCAGUGAAGCAGAGGGUCAUUGAAGACCUCCAUCCACAAUGACGGAUCAGAAAUCCUCCAAGUCUGAAAAUGAGAGAGACUCGAGUUUCUCAGAUGCCAGUUCUGGGUACCUGAGUGCUGUGGACCUGACAGACUCUGAGGACAACGGGAGGAUGACCGGGCUAGUUGCCCAGGAUCCUCAGAGCGGCUCCAAGGUCGCAGUGAUGGAAGGAUCUCAUCCAGGACUGUCCCCUAUGCUCUUAAUGAACAACAUCAUCCUGAAUCAGCCUAGCCCAGUGACUCCAUCGCUAAAGCAUUGGGGCUACUCCUCACCUCUGGAGAUGGUUCCUCAGUCCCAGGUAGUGCUGCUACAGCCCAUGGUAAACAACAGCAAUAACAGUUCUCCAACCAGUGCCUCUGACAACUACAGACAAUCAAGGAACUACCUGCCUAUCCUCAAAUCCUACCCCAAAAUAGCCCCUCACCCAGAGGAGAAAUCGUCCAGAAGGCAUGGGGCAUCUCUGGAGAGGGGCAGGUCAACACCCGAGCAUGGGAGGCACCACAGGAGGCAUCCCAGUGGCCUGAAGUCACACGGCUCCCCCAGUCUCCUACCUGGACCACCCGCACCCCUCAAAUGCGUCUCUACUUUGGAGACUUCAGAUGGCCACUCCGAGGCUAUCAACGGCCAGGAGCGAUAUGUGUCUCAGCCUCUAGACAGGCCUCUCUCACUGCACUCUGAGGCCAGCACAGGGUUCUCAGAUUCCGCAACUCUGUCAGAGGCCGGUAGUUACAAAGGUGACAGCUGCCAAGAUGCCCCCCCGGUGGGUAAAAGCAAACUGACUCGCUUCUGCAGCACCUACAACAUCCUCAACAAGUCUGGCCUGCUGGGGAUCACACUGCGCACCAAGGAGCUGAUCAAGAAGAACCAACGCACCCAGCGCAAACUGCACCAGCUUCGGGAGCAGACCUCCCUGCUGGUGGAGGCCCUGACUGGUGGAGACCCCCAGGUCUGCUCCAGACUGCUGCUGGCCCUGCAGAAACCUGACUCAGAUCUCGAGGACAUGCAGGACCAAGGGCAGGAGACACAGGGCGUCCUAACAUAGGACACAAGGACAGUGUGACAUGCGUACAAGCACACCUGUAUUAUCAGGCUUGGAUUCCAGACCCUUGGCUACAUUGAUGGUUUGUUAAUAGCGUUUAUCGCCGCUAUUUCAAACUAGCGAGUGCCACUUAGAAAGGGCUAUGGCUUCAAAAUACAUGGGUUAGUGCUUAAAAUACAGUUCAUACAGGACAUAGCACAGAUAAUCGUCUACAGUCUUUCAACCAAAUGACGAGGGUCGUGGUGAGUUGGUGUUUUAAUAACAAACCAACUAAGAUCGACUGUUUUUGCGUGUAUUGUCAGCACAGGAGUGCUUUCUCGUUCAAUUUACUGGAUAACAAAUAAGAAUAAUAUAUAACAAAUAUUUUUGUUGUUUAUUUUGUAGCUUCAGAAAAUUGCUAGCAUAAACAUUUUAGUGUAUGUUACAUUAUAUCUCAUAUAAGGUAGGGGGCUUACCAAUGGUUGCCAGGAACUGCACAUAAUGCCCAGUAUUAUUAUGUGUUAUCAAACCCUUAGCGAGAACAAGUAGCCUAUUUAAAAUAUGUUACUAUACUUGCAACUUAGGUACAAACGUCUGUUAUUUAUUGUCAUGUUCAGUUUUAAAAUGGCCUGUUAUGCUAUGUAGGAGAUAUACAUUUGUUAACAGUAUAUGAGCAUGUUCUUGAAUGCAAUCAAGCGGUGUUAUUAGCAAGACAUUAGCAACUUGGAAAUGCUAUAAAUUGGGCUGGUGAUAAUUAGCUGCAAACUGCUAUCAGCCCUUGUUUUUCAGUGUGAAAGGGAAAUGUGUUUGUGUUGAAAUUGAUGUUAUUGUUUAUUUGUUCCUAAUAGACAUUCAAUAUGCUGUUGUUUGCCAGGUCAUUUAUUGAAGUGCACUUUUUGUACCUUUUUAAAUAACAAUGAUUUUCAUUGAUAUGUAUG